AUGGAAUUGAACGAAGAGAAUACAUCAGCUGAUUCAAGAAGUUCAAGCGUAUUCGAUGAAGUAAUUACGAAAAAUUCGGAAGAAAACGUAUCGCUUUCGCCGAAAUCUGAAAAAUAUCGAAUAAAAAAAUUUUAUUUGCAGAAAAAAUGUGAUGAUAUACAAAAAGUAUCAGCUCGCCUUCUCAAUCGGAUUUAUCGUAUAAGAAAAGAAAUUAGCUAUUUAAGAGCUCAGAAAAGAAUGUUGUGUCAACAGUUAACAACAAUUAUGGAUAAUUACAGUGAAUUAUCUUUGGAUAUUCCGGAAUCAGAACCUUGUUUAACGGGUAUGGAAUUGUUUAGCGAUGAAGCUAGCCUAAGUAUAUUGAUACCGAAGAAACGAAAAUUUGCUGAAGCAAAACUUUCCGCGGCUAGUGAUUUCUCAACAAUGGAAGAAAAUGCUAGGAAAAGUAUUAUAUCGAUAAUUGACUCAGUAAUUACUGAAUCACAUGAAGAACGAAUGAGAGCUGAAGCUUCAAAUGAUGUUCAUAUGGGCAAUAGUAAUAAUCCUUCAACUGAAAAUUUUAACGUUGAAAGUAGUACCAAUGCAAAGAAUGAUAAUUGUGUGACCGAUGUGGAUGGGCAAUCAAUGGUUGAUAGAAUGUUACGUGCAUCGUCAAUUGAUCAUUUAUUACCUAUAGAGCCGGAAAACUGUCGGUCUGAUAAUAAACUAACUGUUUCGAGCAAUUAUUCAAAUAAUAAUACGUUUUCUAAUAAAUGA